UUCUAGUAUUCAUAAGCUCUUUUCGUUGUAUUAAUAGUUCGCUCGUACAGUAUUCUCGAUUUCUGACAUUACAGACUUGGUGCAAAAUACCGAUACCCCUCUCUCUUUGAAAACAAAGGUGUUGAGAUUCUUGGCUUCUAUUUAUCUCGAUACUGGUGAUGUUCCAUCCAUUAUGGCUCCCAUGGAUGAAAACCACCAUCUCAAAGCACUUAUGGACAUUCUAUAUCAAGAUCUUUUGGAUGCUAGCAAGGAAAUGAAAGAAGAUGGUGAUUUUAUGCGGUACAUUUACGAGGGUGUACUUGUGGUUAUGCGAUCAGUGUAUGAAUACCAAGUCCGACCGGAAAUAAUUCUUGAUGAACGAUUAGCUGAUUUAUGCUCUUAUCUAAUCGAUGCAACCAGCUCUCUCUUGUCAAUGGACAACAAUGGUACAACAAUAACCCCUCAACAACAACAUCAAAAAAAUUUGCUUGCGUGUCUUGACAGUAUGAUUAAUGUUUCUGGAUUUCGUGGUACUAUCGAGCCCGACACACUUCGAAGUCAGUUACGAUUGAUGAUGGUGCGACUGAACAAUGAAAACGACAGUGCAACCAAUCGACCUUUGGGAUCUAUUAAUGCCAAAUUUCAAGGAUUUAUGCGAACUCUCAAGGCACAUCGUAGUGUACUCGAACUACAAGAAGAAGAAUUCAAGCAACUUGGUUCCCAUUACAAUCUAUCAGACUCUGAAUCCGAACAAGAUGUCAAAUCACUCAUUGAUUUUCUUUCCAUGAUGACGUCCUCUACCAACAACAACAAGACUCAGAGUGACAAAAACGAAGAAUAUCAAGUAGCUACUAUGAAACUUUUACAAGAAAUUCCCAGCCGGUAUAUCCGACAACGAUCUGAACAUAAUGUAUCUAACAACGUAGCACAAUACGAAGAAUUAGAAGCAAAUAAAGUCAACGCGCAGAAUACCUUGAAUCGAUUAGGCUGUACCUUGGUAGCACAAAACUUUUUAUCAUCUCCAAGACGACAUGUUUUCAAGGCUGGUUUAGCAUUAUUGAUUGCUCUUUUGGAAGGUGGGAAUAAGAACGUCCAGGACAAACUCGAAGAAUACUUCUUUAGCAUUCGUGAAGAACGAUUCUUUUACUCUUUCCACCGACGACUACAAAGUGAUAUUUCAUCUCUCAAGGAAGCACAGCAACAUCUUUUACGAGCAGCCAUCAAAUUAAAACGGCAACAAGGUCUCUUAUACUCCUCUAAUUCAGAUACUCUUUUGACAAAAAAUCAACGCCUUCGACAAUCGCGACAACAACGACGUACUAGUUCUCUUAUUUCUGGAAAAUCACCUUAUUCACUACGACAUGAUGAAUCCUAUAGUAGACGAGGAACAGGUUCAGGUAACUCAUCACCAUACAGAAUCAAUGGCUACCCACAACAAAAGACAACAUCACGACCGACAGGAACAACAACUUCAACAAUACUAAGAGGAGACGUAUCGGAUUUGACAAUGAAUUAUCAAACGAUUUCAACCUUAAUGGCACAAAGCGAUAUGGCGGAAUUCGGUGCGGCAACUGAAGACUUUGAAGGCAUGAAGGAUGCAAUGCGGGCGGUACAACUAAUGGUAGAAGGGCACAACAUGAAAUUACAGACAUAUUUGGCAAAACAACCCGACAACAUCAAAAGCUUCAAUAUUGUGCAAGAUGUAGUGGAAUACCUGCAUGCAAUCGUUCCUUUAUGCAAUAUCCAAAAUGUACGUUUGAUCAUUCAAGUCCUGGAUACUAUUACCGAACUGGCACAAGGCUGUUUAGAAAAUCAGUUUACAAUUUUUAAUGGCAAGAUCAUCAAUCCUAUGAAUACUAUUCUUCGUGAGUCUUACACAAAUUGUCCAAGUUCUCUUGUAUAUGAAUUAAAGACCAAAGUUGUGGUGUGUUUACUUAGUUUGCUAGAAGGUGGGAUUGAAAAUAGUGAUACAAUCUUUCGAGAGAUGACGGCUUCUAUAGACCUGGCGACAGUGGUUGGUAACAUGGAUACUAUUUAUAAUGCAAAUCGACAUCAAUUGGAUUCUCCAAAAGCAUUCACCAAAUUAGAAAGUGGAUUUUUGUAUUGUAUGCUGGUGAUGACCUUAUAUCCUGCUCUCGAUGAAUCUCAAUUGGCACUUGUGGAUGGAAAUGAAGCAUUCGAUUACUUCCAAAGAAAUACAGGAAAAAUUGAAGUGAUUAUGGAUUAUGGACAAGAAAAACAAUUAUCCCGGGUGUUGUUCCCUAUUCCUGAAAUAUGUAAAUAUUUUAGAGAAGAAACGAAACAACGGUUUUUAUGGAAUGUUAAAAGAGAUUCGCCAUCUACCAAAAUCGAAGACUUUGUGGAACAAUCUGGGCAUAUGAUCUACGAAAUUGAAAAUCAAGCUCGCGUGACAUACAAUGAACAUUUAUCUUUGUUGACCAAAUAUAGCUCUCUAUGGUGGAAGGCCUCAUUCGUGGUAACAAUUUUACUCAACGGCUUGAUGCUUAGCUGUUCAUCAAUGUUGCAUGGAAAAAGUGAUGAUGAUCCUUACACUUGUCACUCGAUGAACUCUGUAUUCCGUAUUCUCCUGGGGUUGGGACAUCUUGUCCUUUGGCACCUAUCGACAGCCGAAUUCUACUUUAUCCAACUUCCUAUUUUAGUCAAACGGCGCUCCACUUCAACUCUCGUUCUCAAAGGAAAGGUCAAGGACGGUGAAGCAGAAACUUCUGUUUUUGGAGGUUUUUUCUCAGAGGAGCAUUUCAAAGGAUCAUUUGUAUUGGCCAGUCUGAUGGAAUCUCAAUUCAUUUAUCAUGUGAUGAUGGUCCUUCUCUCUUACUUGGGAUUAUGGUAUCCUGGCUUCUAUGCUGUACAUUUAUUAGAUUUUGUCUUUCGAGAUCGAAUUCUUCAAGGGGUAAUAGCAAGUAUCACUUUGAAUGGAAGUUCCAUUUCACAUACGGCGAUGUUGGCAAUUGUUGUUAUCUAUCUUCAUAGCGUGAUGGCUUACAAAUACUUUCGUGGUGAUUUUGAUACCUCCAAGGGACUAUACUGUCGAACUUUAUCGGAAUGUUUUGUCAAUGUCCUGUCUCAUGGAUUACGCGGUGGCAUAGGUGAUGUAUUCAUGGAUAAUUCUUCAGAUGAUGGUUUGGAAGAUAUCAAUCGAAGAUGGCGGAUCGGAUUUGAAAUGUCCUUUUAUCUUGUGGUUGUGGUGUUUCUCUUGAAUGCUAUCUUUGGUAUUAUAUUUGAUACUUUUGGUCAUCUUCGUGAUGAGCGAUCAGCUGUGCAACAAGACAUGAAGAAUUCCUGUUUUAUAUGUAGUGUCCCAGCAGUUGAAUUCCAGCGACAUGCCAAGCGUGGAUUUGAAGAUCAUGUCAAGAAUGAACAUAAUAUCUGGCAAUAUCUAUUCUUUUUGGUACAUCUGAAAUACAAGGACAAGACGGAAUACACUGGGCCAGAAUCGUAUGUAGCUGGUUGUCUCAAAGAUGCAAAUUACAGUUUCUUCCCCAUCAACCGAGCAUUAUCUCUACGACAUAGUGAGAGCAAUGAUACCGAACGACUGGAAAAAUUGGAGGAAAUUGCUCAUACACUGAUGGACAAGAUGGUCAAGAUGGAAGAACAGAUUGAAAGGAUGUCAGAUGCGCAAUCUCGGUCCCGUUCAAAUAGCAUUUUACUCUCUCCCUAUUAGUUUAUUGUUAUGAUAGAAUUAUGUAUUAUCUACCCAUUUCCUCUCCAUAUGACUUUUUAUUCUUUUAUUAUUAUACUUGUACUACUCUUGACAAUAAAUGCUUUGUUGUAACUAAAAA